UAAUCGUUUGCCUAACCAUCUUCCGACCCAAUUCAUUGGUUUCCAUUUCAUUCCAGAAGCAGCAGCCCAACCGAACAGUCACUCCCGUCACGACGAGAAGUCAUGGCACAAGGAACCGGCAUCAUCUGCUCAGAGGUUAACGGCCGCGGGGCAGCGGCGUACGAGGAGGAGCCACAGCGGCGCAGAGUGGCCAUUGUCGGGGCGGGUUUGGUGGGUUCUUUGGCGGCCCUAAACUUUGCCCGGAUGGGCAAUCACGUGGACUUGUACGAGUAUCGCGAGGACAUUCGGCAUGCUGCUCUCGUGCAAGGACGCAGCAUUAAUCUGGCGCUCUCCCAGCGGGGACGCAAGGCGCUGGCUGCCGUGGGUCUGGAGCAGGAGGUCCUGUCCACCGCCAUACCCAUGCGGGGACGAAUGCUGCACGAUGUUGCAGGACGGACCAGUGUGGUGCUGUACGACCCGUGCACCCAACAGUGCCUCUACUCCGUCGGCCGCAAGCAGCUCAACGAGGUUCUGCUCAACGCCUGCGACAAGCUCCCAAACAUUCAGUGCCACUUCGAGCACAAGCUGACCAAAGCCAGCAUCAAAGAAGGACUCAUGGAGUUCAAGCAGCCACAUCGGGAGGGGGUUGUGGCGGCCAGCGCGGAUCUCAUUGUGGGCUGCGACGGAGCGUUCAGCAGCGUGCGGCAGCAGCUGGUGAAGCUGCCGGGCUUCAACUACUCGCAGGAUUAUAUCGAGACUGGCUACCUGGAGCUGUGCAUUCCCGCCAAGGCAGGCGAGUUCCAGAUGCCACCCAACUAUCUGCACAUCUGGCCGCGCAACUCAUUCAUGAUGAUUGCCCUGCCCAACCAGGACAAGUCCUUCACGGUGACACUGUCGAUGCCGUUCAAGAUGUUCGCCAGCAUCCAGAGCCAGGAUCAGCUGCUGGCCUUCUUUAGGCAGCACUACACGGAUGCUCUACCUCUGAUCGGCGAGGAGCAGCUCAUCAAGGACUUCUUUAAGACGCGGCCUCAGCACCUGGUGUCCAUCAAGUGCAAGCCGUAUCAUUAUGCCGACAAAGCGCUGAUUCUGGGCGAUGCGGCCCAUGCAAUGGUGCCGUACUAUGGGCAGGGCAUGAACGCAGGCAUGGAAGAUGUCACCCUGCUGACCUCCAUUCUGGGACAGCCAUUGCCUCUGGACGAGGCCCUGGCCCAGUUUACCGAGGACCGCUGGAAGGAUGCCUUCGCCAUUUGCGACCUCGCCAUGUACAACUAUGUGGAGAUGCGGGAUCUCACCAAGCGCUGGUCAUUCCGAUGCCGAAAGUGGCUGGACACCCUGCUGUUCCGGCUGUUCCCUGGCUGGAUUCCACUCUACAACAGCGUCUCCUUUUCGAGCAUGCCCUACAGUGAGUGCAUUGCCAACCGCAAGUGGCAGGAUGGGUUGCUGAAGCGCAUUUUUGGGGGCUCCCUCCUUGCCGUUGUCCUGGCCGGCUCUGCGUGCCUUGUGCAGCGUUUUCUUUCACCUUGGACAGUAAUGCAAUCAAACUAAAUGAUCUUUUGCCCUCAUAAGUAUGCUCCGAGAACAUUACAAAAGAUGCUGCUGCAAAUACACUUCCGAAUACAUCGAUUAGAUGUCCUAAUCGUUUUAGUGGCAAAUAUUUCAUAGUUAGUUCUCGGUUCCCUAAAAUAUAUCACACUCAUGUAUAAUUAUUGAACACUUUCUACUGAAAUCAAUGAA